UCACUAGCAGAGAAAGGGAAAGGGAAAAGGGGAAAGAAAGAGGGGAAGAGAAGGGAAAGGGACUGCAGUCCGAAAGGGAGCCUUUGGGGAGCAAGGACCCUAAAUGAUAGGACGGAGAAUUGGUCGAGAGAAAGCCUAGACUGGCAGCAGCCGCAGCCGGCGCAGGAAGCGCAUUUAUUUAUUUGGAGGAAAAAGGAGGGGUGGGAGGAGAGCAAGGGGUAAGAAGAGGGUUCCGGCCGAAGUGGAUGGAAGGGGACCGGGGUUUCUGCGGAGUAGGGAGCCGCCAACCAGGGCGAUGGCGCUAAGGUCGGCGCGGAGCAGCUGUGCGCCUGACUACGCGUCUCCUCGCGGAGGACCUGCCGGCGUCGGAAAGGUCUGCGCCAAGAGGAACCAACUUGUGGCUCCAAAAUGUACCCAACGCAGCUGGAAAUGAGAUCAAAGCUGCAGUUUCAUUCGAGAAGGAUGAGAGGAGCCAGCGAUUAGGGAAUUUUUUUUUCUUUUUAAAACCUUCGUUCCUGUUUCUUCUUUUUCUUUUUUUUUUUUCUUUCUCUUUUUUUCUUUUAAAAUUUUGUUCCACACCGCGUCGGUCCCACCACUACCUUCCCCAUUUGAAAUAAAAGCCCAGUCCGAACUUCCAUCGCUGGCGCCCCUGGAUCUGCUGUCCGCUGAUGGAGGAGAAGGGGACCUGGGUGCUGGCAGGGGCCACCGGCGAGGGACCGCAUCACGCGUCUCCCCCGUGAUCCUGGCCCUGAUCGCGGAGUUCUGCCACACCUGGAAGAUCUGGACCGGGUGCUGGGGUGGGGGCGGGGACAGAGUGAAAGCCACCCCGAGCCUUUAAAAAAAAAAAAAAAAAGAAGCGGGCGGGGGGGAAUGGAUUUCUUGACAGCUGACGGAGCCUUGAAAUUUUCCUCCACUACCUCCGCCCCCGCCCCCGCCCCCGCCCCCCGCACUCCAUUUAACGUGAGAUUAUGAAAUUGCAGAGGCGGUGGAGGGAAGGAGACAGGAUAUAACCGGGAGUUUCGAGGGGAGAGGGGAAGGUGGCUGGCCGGGUGGCUGAAAUCAAAAAUCCAAUUGCGCACUGGGUUGUGAUGCGAAAUCUAAUCAGAUCUUUGGCAAAGGGGCCGGCCGGAAGGGUAGCGAGUGGGGGGAGUUGAUCCCCAAAUUCCUGGAAGGGGGGGGUUGUAGAAAAAGGAAUCGACUAUGUAAGAGGUGACUUUUUUUUUGGUGGCGGUGGCUGCUGGGUGCCUUGCAAAAAUGAAGAAUGCGGGACGCAGCUCUCUCUGGGAGCCGAACGCAGUGGAUAAACUGAUCGUGCCAGAGAGAAGGAAGAACGAAGCUUUUUCUUCUGAGACCUGGAUCUUAACCCAAAUGUGUGUAUGUGUACACCGGGAGCGUUGAAAAAUGAAAUAAGCCAGGGCAGACCUGCGGGGAUUGGUGUGUUUCUGACAAAUAAAUAAUAAUAAGACAGUCGCUCCCCCUCCCCAAAAGGAUGAUUGGAAAUGAAAAAACGCGGAUCCACGAAGGAAAAGUAUGUUCAUUUUUCUCUAUAAAGGAGAAAGUGCGCCAAGGAGAUAUUUUUGGAGUGAAAAGUUUGGGGCUUUUUUAGGAAAGUAAAAGACCUGAUAUGGUGGUUCUUCUUCUUCUUCAUCAUCUUCUUCUUCUUGUUGUUUUUUUUCUUUUUGAAUUUCCCACAAGAGGAGAGGAAAUUAAUAAUACAUCUGCAAAGAAAUUUCAGAGAAGAAAAGUUGACCGCGGCAGAAUGAGGCAUUGAUUGGGGGAGAGAAACCAGCAAAGCACAGUUGGAUUUGUGCCUAUGUUGACUAAAAUUGACGGAUAAUUGCAGUUGGAUUUUUUUUAUCAACCUUUUUUUUUUCCUCCCUCUCAUUUUGGUGUCAAGAUCAUGCGUUUUCUCUUGUUCUUAACCACCUGGAUUUCCAUCUGGAUGUUGCUGUGAUGAGUCUGAAAUACAAUCUAGAAACUGAGGCUGAAAGAGAAAGGAUUUGCUCAAAGUUACUCAUCUUGUCAGUAACAGACAACAGUGGAACUUCUGAUUGUUUGAACUCCAGACGGACCAACACCAGAUAAAUUAUGAAUGUUGAACAAGAUGACCUUACAUCCACAGCAGAUAAUGAUAGGUCCUAGGUUUAACAGGGCCCUAUUUGACCCCCUGCUUGUGGUGCUGCUGGCUCUUCAACUUCUUGUGGUGGCUGGUCUGGUGCGGGCUCAAACCUGCCCUUCCGUGUGCUCCUGCAGCAACCAGUUCAGCAAGGUGAUUUGUGUUCGGAAAAACCUGCGUGAGGUUCCAGAUGGCAUCUCCACCAACACGCGGCUGCUGAACCUUCAUGAGAACCAAAUCCAGAUCAUCAAAGUGAACAGCUUCAAGCACUUGAGGCACUUGGAAAUCCUCCAGUUGAGUCGGAACCAUAUUAGAACCAUUGAAAUUGGGGCCUUCAAUGGUCUGGCGAACCUCAACACUCUGGAACUCUUUGACAAUCGUCUUACUACCAUCCCGAAUGGAGCUUUUGUAUAUUUGUCUAAACUGAAGGAGCUCUGGUUGCGAAACAACCCCAUUGAAAGCAUCCCUUCUUAUGCUUUUAACAGAAUCCCUUCCUUGCGGCGACUAGACUUAGGGGAAUUGAAAAGGCUUUCAUAUAUCUCAGAAGGUGCCUUUGAAGGUCUGUCCAACUUGAGGUAUUUGAACCUUGCCAUGUGCAACCUCCGGGAAAUCCCUAACCUCACACCGCUCAUAAAACUGGAUGAGCUAGAUCUUUCUGGGAAUCACUUGUCCGCAAUCAGGCCUGGCUCUUUCCAGGGGUUGAUGCACCUUCAAAAACUGUGGAUGAUACAGUCCCAGAUUCAAGUGAUUGAACGGAAUGCCUUUGAUAACCUUCAGUCCCUAGUGGAGAUCAACCUGGCCCACAACAAUCUCACAUUACUGCCUCAUGACCUCUUUACACCCUUGCAUCAUCUAGAGAGGAUACACUUACAUCACAACCCUUGGAACUGUAACUGUGACAUACUGUGGCUCAGCUGGUGGAUAAAAGACAUGGCCCCCUCCAACACAGCUUGCUGCGCCCGGUGUAACACUCCUCCCAAUCUGAAAGGGAGGUACAUCGGGGAGCUCGACCAGAAUUAUUUCACAUGCUAUGCUCCUGUGAUUGUGGAACCCCCUGCAGACCUCAAUGUCACUGAAGGCAUGGCAGCUGAGCUAAAGUGUCGGGCCUCCACGUCCCUGACGUCCGUGUCUUGGAUCACUCCAAAUGGAACAGUCAUGACACACGGGGCGUACAAAGUACGGAUAGCUGUGCUCAGUGACGGUACAUUAAAUUUCACGAAUGUAACCGUUCAAGAUACAGGCAUGUAUACGUGUAUGGUGAGUAAUUCUGUUGGGAACACUACUGCUUCAGCCACCCUGAAUGUUACUGCAGCAACCACGACUCCCUUCUCUUACUUCUCCACUGUCACAGUAGAGACAAUGGAACCUUCUCAGGAUGAGGCACGGACCACAGACAACAAUGUGGGCCCCACUCCAGUGAUUGAUUGGGAGACCACUAAUGUGACCACCUCUCUCAUGCCACAGAGCACAAGGUCAACAGAAAAAACAUUCACCAUCCCAGUGACUGAUAUCAACAGUGGGAUCCCAGGAAUCGAUGAGGUCAUGAAGACCACCAAAAUCAUCAUUGGGUGUUUCGUGGCCAUCACACUCAUGGCGGCAGUGAUGCUGGUCAUCUUCUACAAGAUGAGAAAGCAGCACCAUAGGCAAAACCAUCACGCUCCGACAAGGACUGUUGAAAUCAUCAACGUGGAUGAUGAGAUCACAGGGGACACACCCAUGGAAAGCCACCUGCCCAUGCCUGCUAUCGAGCAUGAGCAUCUAAACCACUAUAAUUCCUACAAAUCUCCCUUCAACCACACAACAACAGUUAACACAAUAAAUUCAAUACACAGUUCAGUGCAUGAACCGUUAUUGAUCCGAAUGAACUCUAAAGACAAUGUACAAGAGACUCAAAUCUAAAACAUUUACAGAGUUACAGAAAACAAACAAUCAAAAAAAAAAGAGACAGUUUAUUAAAAAUGACACAAAUGACUGGGCUAAAUCUACUGUUUCAAAAAAAGUGUCUUUACAAAAAAAAACAAAAAAGAAAUUUAUUUAUUAAAAAUUCUAUUGUGAUCUAAAGCAGACAAAAUGAUGUGUAUUCCUCAGAACCUGUUUUUGCUGCAGUUAUUUACUAUUUUCCCACAUCUGGUUCCCUCCCUUCCCCGAUUGCCAUAUUUUUCAUAGAUCUCAAUUCCCUAAAGAACUGGUCUAGGAAAUUUUGUAAGAAUUCUGUUACACUUUGAGAUUUUUAUGGUGAAUUCUAGUGGUGAGAUCCAGUCUAUUUUGUCUCUCUCGCUCGCUCUCUUUUCUUUUCUUUUCUUCUUUUUCCCUCAUACCCUUAUGAAGUAGUCCAAUGGGGAAUGCAAUAUUAGAAAUAGAUUUUUAAGAAAGAACAAGAAAGAAAUGCAAGGUCUUAUAUUUUUCAUGUAAUGAUCUGUUCUGUAUUUAUGAGGAGGACCAUUCUAUGGAAAAGAAAAGUAAAACAAAGUAAGCAAACAACAGAUUAAUUUACAUAUGAGCAUCUAUAAAACCCAUGACUUUUAAACAACUCUAGAACCAGAAUUUGUAGUUCAAAAGCUUAAAAUAAGAUUAUAAAUAAAAUAUUGUUGGUUUUUCUGUAA